CGGAAAUAGGAUCCUUAUCAUGUGCCUGAACAAAAAAAACCUACUUGGUGCUAGCUGCCUCACCAAACAUCAGGAUAACUUGAACUAAAGAAAGUUUAUUCCGCGAAACUAAAUGCUAUAACCGUUUUAACGGAAACAGAGUUUUUGUGUUGGCCCUAAAGCUGCUGUGAGAGUUACAAACCUCCACCCCAGACUGCUAACAUUACCAAUGAGGUACAGAGGAGCUCAGAUCUAUCUCUGGGCUCAAGGCUCAUGCUGUCUGUCUCGGCACUACCUGCCAGGCAGAAUCGCUCAGGUUCUAUCCUACAGCACUGAACCGCCCUCUCGACCUCAUCCACCCACUAACCGUUCCCCUCCUGAGCAGGGUACAGCUGACGUGGUGAAGGAACGCACCCUGUCUGCCCUGCAGCAUGCAGGAGACCUGGGACGGCAGUGGAGUCAGAGGUCGGCAAAGACCGCCACCGUCACAGUGAACUACUGGUGGGGGAAAUACGAGGAGUUUGUAGGGCUAAACGAAGUCCGCGAGGCUCAAACCAAAGUCACUCAGGCUGAAGCAGCGUUCAUGGUGGCCAGAGGGAUUGUGCGUGAGGCGCACACAAGCCUGGAGGCCCUGCAGGGCCGCCUGAAGGAGGUCAGAGACCGGCUGGACAGAGUCUCCAGGGAGGAGCCUCACUACCUGGAGCUGGCCACGAUGGAGCACAAGCUGCUGCAGGAGGAACGGCGUCUCCGGACUGCGUACGAGAACGCAGAGAGUUCGGAGAGGGAAAAGUUUGCCUUGUUUUCAGCAGCAGUCAGGGAGAGUCACGAGAAGGAGAGGACGAGAGCGGAGCGCACCAAGAACUGGUCCGUCAUUGGCUCUGUGCUUGGAGCCCUAAUCGGGGUCAUGGGGUCAACGUACAUCAACCGUGUUCGCCUUCAGGAGUUGAAGAAUCUUCUUCUGGAGGCUCAGAAAGGUCCAGAGAGCCUCCAGGAGGCCCUCAAAGUCCAGGCCGGAAAUCAUCGCUCCCAGCAGGACGAACUCCGGGUACUCAUUGACAGCCUCAGGGUCACUCUGACCGAAGCCUUCACAGAGAGGAACAGCGCCCCCCAGGGGAAAGAAAUACCAACCACAGCUUCACCUGCUUUUUCUUUUUCUGCCUUUAAAGACCUUCAGGUCCACAACCAGAAGACAGAGUCCCUGCUGGAAUCCCUCCCAGCUCAACUGGGUCAGCUCCAGCAGGGCGUCGGCAAGGUUGAGGGUCAGCUGCUAACAGUGAGGAAGCUGCUGGAGACCAAACCGACAGCUGAACCACAGACCCAAACACAAGCUGGUGGCUUGCAGAAACCAGAGGCAGUGGACCAGUGGCGGUCCGAGACAGUGGUGAGAGGUCUGGAGGAAACCAAGAGGAUGCUGGGAGAAGGAAUCAGGACAAACACUGUUUAUAACGCGGUGUUUACCUACACCGCCGCCGCCAUUACCAUCUCUGCUGUGUACCUUCUGCUCAGAGGAUCUGGUUAAACUGGAUCAGGACUGCAGACUGAGCAGAUUUUAUAACUCUAACAGACACUGGGAAUAAAAAUAUCAAUUAAUUAUAAUACUGACAUCAGCUUCCUGAAUAAACUGGGUACAGGCGUUCAUUUAAGUUUAUCAUCUGCUGGUUGCUGCCAACAGAGAGAGGCUAGACAAAGCAUCAGUUGCUUUGAUCCCUCGUAGUAACUGGAGUACUCAGACAUGCAGGUAUGGUAUUUAUCAUGUCCAAUCACUGAUUAUAAUAGUGGCCAUGACAUCAUCCAUCAAAGCUGAUGGAAAAAUCUGCAAAUUUCUAGGGAAAUAUCUGAUCUUUGACAAAAAUAUCAAAUCUGUGCUCUACUGCUGCUUUUAGAAAGUUAACUCAUUGUUUUGCUUUUUUGACCCACUGAUUGAGACAUUUUGCCCAUUGUAAUAAUAUUAAAUUGGAUUCUGCCUGUCACUCAUCUGUCAUCAGUCCCUGCUGACAAACACUAAAAAAAUAGCCAUUAAGAUCUGAUCAAAUCCCCAGGAAAUGCUUCCCUCUUAACCUGCUGCCCAGGACAAUCUACCUGAGGAACAGUUUUGAAUCGACAAAUCACUGAUUUUAGGGUUUAUUUAAAGAAUAACUGCUCGACUCAUUGGUAUAUUCCCAGUUAAUCCAGUACCAAAGGAAAUGUUUAACUGGACACAGCUUUUAAACCAUCAGCUUUGGGAGAAGUUCAUGAGCUCCAAUGGACCAACAUCUUAACUGGAGACAAACUACUAUAGUCUCCUCAAAAACCUCUAGAGGGACAUUAAAUUGUAUUCAUUCUUACUUGAAACUGUGGAUAAAAGUUUUUUGGCCCCAUAUAUAUUCAUGUUUCAGAGGCUGUUUGCUGCAGUAGAACCUCUCAGAUCCUGGAGUACUUGAACUUGUGAAAUGUCUCUGAUAUUGUGCACUGGUAACCUGUCUAAAUUAAAAGGUUGAAUGGCAAAGCUGA